AUGUGGAUAUCUUGGACUCCUGGCCUAUGGCUGCUCAGUCUCUGGGUCACCUUCAGCCAUGGGGCGAACACAGAGGGGCAGUGCCCGCCUUCACAGCAAGAGGGACUCAAGCUGGAACACAGCACUGAUCUGUCUGCCAAUGUGACUGGCUUCAACCUCAUCCGCCGACUCAACCUCAUGAAGACGUCUGCCAUCAAGAAGAUCCGCAACCCCAAGGGGCCUCUCAUCCUGCGCCUGGGGGCGGCCCCGCUGACCCAGCCCACACGCCGAGUGUUCCCUCGGGGCUUCCCAGAGGAGUUUGCCCUGGUACUGACCCUACUGCUGAAGAAGAACAGCCCACAGAGCACAUGGUACUUGUUUCAAGUGACCGAUGGAGAGGGGUACCCGCAGAUUUCCCUGGAAGUCAACAGCCAAGAGCAGAGCCUGGAGCUCCGGGCCCAGGGCCAGGAUGGCGACUUUGUCUCCUGCAUCUUCCCAGUGCCCCAGCUCUUUGACCUGCGCUGGCACAAGCUGAUGCUGAGUGUGGCUGGACGUGUGGCCUCCGUACAUGUAGACUGCGUCUCCGCCUCCUCCCAGCCCCUGGGACCUCGGCAACCCGUGAGGUCCCUGGGCCACGUGUUCCUGGGUUUGGAUUCUGAGCAGGGCAAACCUGUCUCGUUUGACCUUCAGCAGGCGCAUAUUUACUGUGACCCGGAGCUUGUGCUGGAGGAGGGCUGCUGUGAGAUCCUACCCGCAGGGUGCCCCCCAGAGAGCUCCAAGGCCCGUCGGGACACCCAGAAUAACGAGCUCAUUGAGAUCAACCCGCAGACAGAAGGCAAGGUCUACACCCGCUGCUUCUGCUUGGAGGAGCCUCAGCACAGCAAGGUGGAUGCCCAGGUGACGGGAAGAAUCCGCGAGAGGACAGACAGGGAAACCAAGGUCCAUCGGCAGACCUCAACUGAUGAGUGCCCACCCUGCGUCCCUGCUGUAGGGGAGACAAAUGUCACUCUUGGUCCCUCUGGCUCCAAGGGAGGGAAAGGUGAACAGGGCCCGCCAGGCCCCUCAGGCCCCAAGGGAGAGAAGGGAGCACGGGGCAAUGACUGUGUUCGAGUCUCCCCGGAUGCCCCGCUUCAGUGUGCAGAAGGCCCAAAGGGAGAGAAGGGCACAGCAGGAGCCUUGGGGCCCUCAGGACCCCCAGGAUCAAUAGGCCAGAAGGGUCAGAAAGGUGAGAAGGGCGAUGGAGGCAUCAAGGGCCUGCCUGGCAAACCAGGCCGAGACGGCCGGCCAGGAGAGAUCUGUGUCAUUGGGCCCAAAGGGCAGAAGGGAGAUCCUGGUUUUGUGGGGCCUGAGGGGCUGGCAGGAGAGCCGGGACCUCCUGGCCUCCCUGGGCCCCCUGGGAUAGGACUGCCUGGGACCCCGGGGGAUCCAGGUGGUCCACCAGGCCCUAAGGGGAACAAGGGCAGUCCCGGCACGCCUGGAAAGGAAGGCCCCAGUGGGAAACCUGGGAAGCCUGGGGUGCCAGGAACAAAGGGCGACAAGGGGGAGCCAUGUGAGGUGUGUCCAACACUGCCGGAAGGUUUCCAGAACUUCGUGGGCCUGCCUGGAAAGCCAGGACCCAAGGGAGAACCAGGUGAUCCAGCUCCAGCUGGGGGGGACCCUGGCAUCCAAGGCAUCAAAGGAGAGAAGGGAGAGCCCUGCCUGGCCUGCAGUUCUGUUGUAGAAGCCCAGCAUCUUAGGGAUGCAGGCUCCGCUGGUCUACCGGGCAAAGCUGGUGCUCCCGGGCCUGCAGGGCUGAAAGGAGAGAAGGGUAAUCUGGGGGAGACAGGGCCAGCAGGCAAUCCGGGACUGCCAGGGCCGGUGGGACCAGCAGGUGCCAAAGGAGCAAAGGGGGAGCCCUGUGAGCUGUGCUCAGGCCUGUCCAAGACUCAGGUUGGGAAUGGCCAUGUGGCAGCCUUGCCUGGCCCGGCUGGAGAAAAAGGGGAGCCUGGGCCUCCAGGUUUUGGCCUGCCAGGCAAGCAGGGCAAGGCUGGUGAGCGAGGACUGAAGGGGCAGAAGGGUGACGCUGGAAGUCCUGGAGACCCUGGAAUGCCGGGCACUGUGGGACAGCCAGGACUGUCAGGAGAACCUGGGGUUCGGGGUCCCGCGGGGCCGAAAGGAGAAAAGGGUGACGGCUGCACUGCCUGUCCCAGCCUGCAGGGGACGAUGACCGACAUGGUGGGGCUGCCUGGAAGGCCUGGCCCCAAAGGAGAGCAGGGCCCAGAAGGCGUGGGCCAGCCUGGCAAAGCGGGCCAGCCUGGUCUACCAGGAGUCCCAGGACCCCCAGGUCUGAAGGGCACACAGGGGGAGCCUGGGCCUCCGGGAAUGGGAGCGCAGGGACCCCAGGGGGAGCCUGGAGUCCAGGGCUUACCCGGCAUUCAGGGCCCUCCAGGACCUCGGGGUCCAGCUGGCCCCGCAGGAGAGAAGGGUGCCCAGGGAGCUCCGGGGGUGAAAGGCUCCAUUGGCCCAGUGGGACCUCCUGGUGCCAGUGUCUCUGGGCCUCCGGGCCGUGAUGGGUUGCAAGGACAGAUGGGCAGUCCAGGAGUCAGAGGGACACCGGGCGAAAAAGGAUCUCAAGGAGAGAAGGGUGAGCCAGGGGAGUGUUCCUGCCCUUACCGAGGUGAACCCGUCUUCUCUGGCAUGCCGGGUGCUCCAGGACUUUGGAUGGGCAACUCCUGGCAGCCGGGCCCGCAGGGUCCUCCAGGUGUUCCCGGACCACCAGGGCCACCUGGAGCACCUGGGCUACAGGGAGUGCCUGGGAAUAACGGUCUACCAGGACAGCCCGGGCUCACGGCGGAGUUGGGGUCCCUCCCCAUUGAGCAGCACCUCCUUAAGAGCAUCUGUGGGAACUGCGCCCAGGCCCAGGUGGCCCACUCGGUGUCCUUCCUGGAGAAAGGAGAGAAGGGGGACCAGGGCAUCCCUGGUGUGCCAGGCCUGGACAACUGUGCCCGGUGCUUCUCAGAACGGGAGAGACCCCGAGCCGAGGAGGCCAGGGGAGACAACGGUGAGGGAGAGCCCGGCUGUGCUGGGAGCCCCGGCCUACCUGGGCCUCCGGGACUGCCAGGCCAGAGAGGAGAAGAGGGUCCACCGGGCAUGAGGGGCGCCCCGGGUCCUCCAGGCCCUAUUGGCCCCCCAGGUUUUCCUGGUGCUGUUGGCUCCCCCGGAUUGCCUGGCCUUCAAGGAGAGCGAGGCCUCAGGGGCUUGACGGGAGACAAGGGGGAACCGGGUCCUCCAGGACAACCUGGUUACCCAGGAGCCAUGGGCCCCCCAGGACUGCCUGGCAUCAAGGGAGAGCGUGGCCACAGCGGGCCUGCGGGCGAGAAGGGGGAGCCGGGCCCACCAGGAUCCGAAGGCCUACCUGGUCCCCAAGGCCCAGUGGGACCCCGAGGAGAGCGUGGACCCCAAGGGACUUCAGGCCAGAAGGGCGACCAGGGGUUUCAAGGCCAGCCAGGCUUUCCAGGACCACCGGGUCCCCCAGGAUUCCCCGGCAAAGUUGGAGCCCCUGGCCCACCAGGUCCCCAAGCGGAGAAGGGCAGCGAAGGGAUGCGAGGCCCGUCGGGCAUGCCUGGUUCACCUGGGCCACCAGGACCUCCCGGGAUCCAGGGACCUGCUGGCCUGGAUGGCCUGGACGGGAAGGAUGGCAAGCCUGGCCUGAGGGGAGAGCCCGGCCCUGCUGGUUCCCCCGGACUCAUGGGACCCCCAGGAUUCAAAGGGAAACCUGGACAUCCCGGCCUCCCUGGACCUAAGGGUGACUGCGGCAAACCAGGUCCCCCUGGCAGCAGCGGCCGUCCCGGUGCCGAGGGUGAGCCAGGUGCUAUGGGACCCCAAGGAAGACCCGGACCCCCUGGCCACGUUGGACCUCCGGGACCUCCAGGCCAGCCUGGUCCAGCUGGAAUAUCUGCAAUGGGCCUGAAAGGAGACCGGGGAGCCACUGGAGAAAGGGGCCUCAUGGGCCUCCCAGGCCAGCCUGGCCCACCUGGACACCCUGGGCCCCCGGGCGAGCCUGGGACAGAUGGUGCGGAUGGCAAAGAGGGACCCCCUGGAAAACAGGGACUCUAUGGACCCCCUGGUCCUAAGGGUGAUCCAGGACCCGCUGGACAGAAAGGCCAAGCAGGAGAGAAGGGACGAGCUGGCAUGCCUGGUGGGCCUGGCAAGAGCGGCUCCAUGGGGCCCGUGGGACCACCAGGGCCUGCGGGUGAGAGAGGCCACCCUGGGUCUCCAGGACCAGCCGGGAGCCCUGGGCUGCCCGGCGUGCCUGGAUCCAUGGGAGACAUGGUGAAUUACGACGAAAUCAAGAGGUUCAUCAGACAAGAGAUUGUGAAAAUGCUUGAUGAGAGGAUGGCUUACUACACCUCCAGACUGCAGUUCCCCAUGGAGGUGGUGGCAGCUCCCGGCCGGCCAGGGCCCCCCGGAAAGGACGGUGCCCCAGGCCGGCCAGGCGCCCCAGGAUCCCCCGGGCUUCCCGGGCAGAUUGGCAGAGAAGGACGACAGGGCCUGCCAGGAAUGAGAGGAUUGCCAGGGACCAAAGGUGAAAAGGGAGACAUUGGUGUUGGCAUUGCGGGAGAAAAUGGCCUGCCAGGCCCUCCAGGUCCUCAAGGACCUCCAGGAUAUGGCAAGAUGGGUGCCACAGGACCGAUGGGCCAGCAGGGCAUUCCUGGCGUCCCUGGCCCCCCAGGUCCCAUGGGCCAGCCAGGCAAGGCAGGCCACUGUAACCCCUCGGACUGCUUUGGUGCCAUGCCCAUGGAGCAGCAGUACCCACCCAUGAAAAACAUGAAGGGGCCUUUUGGCUGAAAGUGCCGCCUAGCGUGGGA